GGACCUUCUCAAGUCCUCCCAAUCCAACCACUCCCUUUUCAGACCCCCAGAUAUUUUCAAAUGCUUUUAUUCCUGUGAUUGUUUAUUGUUGUCUCGAUUUUGAUCUAUAAUUUCUUAUUGGAUGGCCUGUGCAGCCAUUUCAUUUGAUCUUUGAUUUUUUUUGCCGACAGCGCAUUUUGUUCGCGUCACCCUUAUGACUCUUCGUAUGACUCCGCGUCAGUUCUUUUCUAGGUCCAUCCAAUCCGCCUGCCAAGUUGGAUUCCUUCCGAUUACUAGCAAGGCCGUUCACACGAGCCAUCCGUGAACAGGUUCUUCGUCAUACCCACCCCGCCCAGAACAAACCAGCAAUUCCCACCGCGAUCACAACUCGUGCGCUGCGCAUCCCUCGCACUGCCCAAGCAAAAGGCCUAAAACGACAAUAUAUCCUCGAUAAAACACCCCCCUCGAAACGGCGCAAAGUCCCCGCGGCGGGAAUCCUCCCCAUGAAGUUCUACUACCAGAUCGUGACCACCCCGACGGCGGAUACGCCAGGGACGGUGGCCCUCCUCCAUUUCCCGAAUAAGCGAUACCUGUUCGGCCGGGUUUCAGAGGGGACCCAGCGGGCUAUGACGGAAAAUGGGACAAAGUUGAGCGGUGUCUCUCAGGUCUUCCUCACGGGCCCCAUGAGUUGGAAUAACUCCGGAGGCUUGAUUGGGGUGAUCCUUACGAAGGCUGAUGGAGUCACCACCUCCGUGAGUGCGCAAGAGGCCGUUGAGCGCGAGAAGGAGGCGAAUCGACAGAAACAUGGCGGGCAGCAGCAGACUGGGAAGUCUGGAGUGAGGCUACAGGAGCGGGCUCAGUUCGGAGAUGGAGAAGAGCAGCAUGAUUUGACUGUUCACGGGCCUCGGAAUCUUGCUCAUACUCUGGCGACUGCUCGGAGGUUUGUCUUCAGAAAGGGAUUGCCGGUGUAUACGAAGGAAUACGAUACUGAAGGUGUAUGGGAUGGUCUGGGUUCUAAUGCAGACGACCCUUUUGAGACACCGACCUGGUUCGAUGAGAACAUUAAGGCCUGGGUUUUGCCUAUAAAACCGUCGUCGACGUCGGGAUUUUCAAGCCCAAGGAAGAGAAGCCUCGACGAGUUCCGGGAGGAUGCUACUCAGGUGGUGGAAGUGGAUCGGAAGAGCCAGGAUCAACUCGCGAGGGAGGCCGUCGUUGCCAACAUGUUCAACUCAGACUGGCAUCUUGAUGCCCUAGAAGAGACUCGUCUUGCGGAUGUCAAUUUGCCCGCGCAAAUAUUUGUGCGUAAUCCGGAGACGAAAGAUCUGGAGAAGUACACGGGGCCCCUUCCUGGCAAUGGCGUAGAGGUUCCCGAAAUGAACGUGCUUGUCCGAAAACCCUGGCCUGGCGCCUCCAUCGAGAAGAUUCCUACAGCGCAAAGAUGCGACGAAAGUCUAUGUUACAUCGUCAAAAACCACAACCUCAGAGGAAAGUUUGAUCCGAAGAGGGCUAUGGCUUUGGGUGUCGAAAAGGGGCGCAAGUUCGGUAUGCUUACCAUGGGUGAAAGUGUGGAGUCCAAAGAUGGAAAGUUGGUUACACCUGAAAUGGUCAUGGAGCCAGCAAGACCCGGGAAAGGUCUUGCAGUGAUGGACUUGCCCACCCCGGAGUAUAUCCAGAGCCUCUUAAGUCGGCCAGAGUGGAAGUCACCAUCCGUGAUGAGCAACCUAGAAGCUUUCAUUUGGAUAUUAGGCCCGGGCGUCGGGGACGAUCCUCGUCUUCAAAAGUUCGUUGCCUCGAUGCCAAACUGCAAGCACAUCGUUUCGAGCAAGGAUUAUUGCCCAAACUACCUAGCCCUGCAAAGUGCUGCUGGAUCGGCAAUUCGCUUGGCCCGGUUAAGGCCCGACAAUUAUGCAAUCCCCGAACAUAACAACGACACCCGCUUUCUGCAGACGCGGUCUUCUAUAAACCCUAUAUCCACCGAGAGCCAACUGUCCCCGUCUCCAUUCCUGCCUGCGGAGCCCGGACUUAUCGUGAACAUGGAACCCGAAUUUAAAAUCGAUACUUCCCAAAUAAUACCCCGGUUGAACACUGCCUCUUUCAUACAAAAAAUGCCCGUAUCCGCUGUACGCCGCGCAGGUAUCAUCAGCCGACGGUUAGGAGCACCAGAGCAGCAGAAAAGGCUUGAGCAAUUCCAAAAGGACCUGCCAGGUGCCGAUGCGGAGAUUUUCACGCUUGGGACGGGGUCGUCUGCACCAUCCAAGUAUCGAAAUGUCUCGAGUACUCUGGUCCACGUUCCGGGCUCGGGAUACUACCUGCUUGACUGUGGCGAGAGCACACUUGGCCAGCUUCAGCGUCUGUUCAACCCCAAAGAGCUUCGUGAGGUUCUUCAAAACCUACGAAUGGUCUGGAUUAGCCACCUUCAUGCGGACCAUCACCUUGGUAUUGUUUCAGUCCUUAAGGCGUGGUACCAGGAGAACUACCCAGACGGAGUUCCGCUCUCGAACGCGAUUGAGCCUUCUAUUAAUAAGAUUUUGGAGGAAAAGCGUCUGUUCGUCGUGUCUGACGGCAUGAUGGUUGAAUGGCUGGAGGAAUAUGCCGGUGUCGAGGAUUUCGGCUUCUCAAAGCUCGUACCUUUAUGCGCCAGCCCAUUCCGACAGGAGGAUGGUAAGCUCAAGACAAGUCUCAUCUAUCGCCACUGUCGCGCGGACGGCUCCUAUCCCAAACGGGAACUUCCAGAGUCAAAACCUGCUCAAUCUGAGCUGAGGUACAACAAGGACGAUUCGACCACCUUUCUGCUUCGCAAGGCCACGGGUCUUGCAGACCUUUUAACAACGUACGUCUCUCACUGCCGUGGCGCCAUGGCUGUCUCGCUCGUCUUUCACAGUGGCUUCAAAGUCUCAUUCUCAGGCGACUGCCGACCCUCGAGCACUUUCGCGGAAAUCGGAGAAGACUCUACCGUCCUGAUCCACGAAGCCACUUUCCACGAUAGUAUGGCCGGCUCCGCCAUUGCGAAAAAGCACUCCACCACUGGCGAGGCUGUUCAGAUCGGGCGUCAGAUGCGCGCUCGCGCAAUUCUCCUCACCCACUUCAGCCAGCGAUACCAAAAGAUAGCUGAGGUUGAGCAACUUGAUGCAAACGAAAAACCUAAAGCGACUGAAGCUCCUCAACAAGGGACUCCAACGACAACAGCAGUUCCGGACAUCCCUCUUGAUAACGACACCCAAGAGGACCUAAAGCCAGACCACCCCUGGCCCCGCUACACAACGGAAUCUAAAAAGCCAGGACCGGCUGUCGUCCCCAUCGUUACGGCAUUUGACCUCAUGCGCGUGCGUGUGCGCGAUAUGUAUACGCUCGGGGCAUACGCACCUGCAACCGAAAGGCUUUUCGCCGUUAUUGAGCGCGCCGGGGUACAAGAUGCCCGAUUAACCAGCCUAAGACAGCAGCACGAAUCCAAGAAACAGGGGAAGAACAAAAACAAGAAUAAGAACAAGAACAAGAAUCAAAAUAGCGGCUCUUCGCCAAACGGGAAAAACAGGGCCAGCAAAAGCCCGUCUCCAUCUCGUGAACUUUUUGAACCACCGCCUUCUAUCUGGUAUGCCCCUGAAAGCGAGAGCGGUUGGAGUUCGAGUGACUCUGGAAAGGGUGCUUCGUUCUGAUAGCCCUGGUAUCUGCGGCAACACAAGAGCCUCUGAUUAACUGGAGUGCAGCAGCUAAAGCUCUAGUCUCAGCCUGAGGGGGUUUUGUUGGGGACAUGUGCGAUUUUAUUCUUUACGAUUCUCCUCCCUCAUGUUUGUUUGGGAUAAAGAUGCUACACGUCUAUAUUAGAGUGCGGAUAGCGUAUAUACACCUAGAAAGCUUGUAUAAUAACCAUAUAUAUACCCCGUUCUUUCUGGAUAGUGCUUCUUAGUAUUCUAUGCAACCACCAUGUCUUCUUCCAGUG